CAUCAUCAUCCAUGCUCCUAGCAUGAUGAUACUGAUGCUUCGAUAUUGUUCUACCUGAAGGUGUGUACUCUUGCGAAGUGAGCGGCCUCAUAUACCCCUCGGUGAUCGGUAUCUGGCAGCUCCUAGCUUGAUAGGCCUGGCAAUCAAUGCCGUCCAUCCCAUAUGCUGCGAGGCAGCCUCCGUCAGAGAAGGUCGAGAAGCCGGUCACAGUGCUAGUCACUGGUUUUGGUCCAUUCCUAGCACAAUUCCCCCGAAAUUCGUCCUGGGACAUUGCAUCAACUCUCCCCGCCCUAAUUCCCGCAACUCCCGAAAAUCCAACGCCAAUACACAUCCACGUGCACCCCGAACCCAUUCGCGUAGGAUACAACACCGUCGUGGACCUAAUCCCCGCUCUCUUACCCCCGGCCAACCCACUCUACCCCGUGCCCGAUGUAAUCCUGCAUAUCGGCUUAGCCGCAAGCCGGAAUUACUUCGCCCUCGAAGAAGGCGCCCAUGGAAGAGGGUAUGCCAAGAUCGCCGACGUGGAUGGUGAGAAAUUCGAGGACGUGCGUGCGGAAAGGGACUUGCCAUCUUCACGUUUUCCGAAUGUGCUAAAGACUACUUUCGAUACAGCGGACGUGCUAGCGCGCUGGAAAACGAAUCUUGGUUCAUCUCCUUCUGUCAACGACCACGACUUGGUAGUCGAGGGAGCGCCGGAUGUCAGACUGAGCUCUGAUGCGGGGAAUUUCUUGUGUGGAUUCAUCUACUAUCACUCUCUCGCACACUACUACUCUAUCAAGAAAGACGAGAGACCAGUCGCAUUUCUCCACGUCCCGGAUCUGAGUAGCAGCGACGAGAAAUUACGGGCAGGGUGGAAGAUCACAGUCGCAUUGAUCACGGCGCUUGUUGAGAGUCGGAGGAAGGUUGGCGUUGUUGAUGUCUAUGCGAAUGGAAGUGUGGAUGGGAAGGAGACGGGCGCGGGUGUGCAGACUGACAACAACUUCGCAUAGAGCUUGGCAAGUCGCAUUUAUAUCACUUGGUCUUCGUUUGUAUACGCAUAUCUGCUUAGGCGAUCGUAUUGAUCGUAUCGUCCAAGAAUUGCUUGGGUCUAGA